CAGUAGGAGGACCCCAGAAGAUGCUGUCUCUCCUGAUCAUCUGUCUCCUGCCCGCCAUGGAAGGGAAGAACUGCCUCCGCUGCUGGCCAGAACUGUCUGCCUUGAUAGACUAUGACCUACAGAUUCUCUGGGGGACCCCAGGGCCACCCACAGAACUUUCUCAAAAUCGUGACCAUUUAGAAGAAGAAACAGCCAAAUUCUUCACUCAAGUACACCGAGCCAUUAAAACGUUACGAGAUGAUAAAACAGUACUUCUGGAAGAGAUCUACAUGCACAAGAAUCUCUUUACUGAGAGGCUGAAUAAGAUAUCUGAUGGGCUGAAGGAGAAGGACAUACAGUCCACACUGAAGGUCACCAGCUGUGCUGACUGCAGGACUCACUUCCUCUCCUGCAAUGACCCCACUUUCUGCCCAGCCAGGAACUGGCGGACCUCCCUGUGGGCUGUGAGUCUCAGCAGUGCUCUGCUCCUGGCCAUAGCUGGAGAUGUUUCUUUUACUGGCACAGGAAGAAGGAGGCAGUAAAGGAACAGGGCAGCCCACAUGUCUUCCAGAAGUGAACAGAGGCCUCAGCUACCGUCAUGAAGUUCACUCAUCUCUGGGUCUCCGUGAACCCCUCCCCUGAUCCCCUCCAUCCUGGGUCCUGGGGCCCCAAAGCUCUGAGGCCUAGGAGACUGCGCUGUCUCAUGGUUUGCCUACUCCUACACCUUUGUAAAGAGUCUCUUCAUUAAAACCCCUCCUCACAGCUUA